AUCGUCGUCAAGACAGUAACAAGCAUUCACAAUUUCGAACUCUUGGACCGCGUCAACAUCUGAUUGUGGUUUCCCCAUACCGCUUCUCUCCAUUUAGAGGGUCGCCGUUCGAUUGCUGAAGCGAUUCACUUAGGUAUGUGAUCGGCUGAAUGCUAUCACCGGGAGAUACCAGCGAAAGUCAUCAGUCAUCAUGGACGAUAUCGCUUGCCCGCGAUGCAAAACCACUAAAUUCCGCAACCCCGCUCUGAAACUAAUGGUCAAUCAAUGCGGCCAUCCGUUAUGCGAGAAAUGUGUCGAAAUCGUGUUCAUCAAAGGCUCCGGAAACUGUACAACUUGCAAUGUACUGCUCCGAAGGAACGGCUUCCGCUUCCAAGUGUUCGAUGACCCGAUCGUGGAAAAAGAGUUAGACAUUCGGAAAAAAGUCCUCAAAGACUUCAAUGCUCGGGAAGAGGAUUUCGCAACGCUCCGGGAGUACAAUGAUUACCUCGAGAUGGUCGAGGAUAUAGUCUUCAAACUCACAAACAACAUUGAGGUGGACGCCACGCGUCGGAAGAUCGACCAGUACAAGAAAGACAACAAGUCAAUGAUUAACAAGAACCGCGGACGUCAGACCAAGGAUGACAUUUUGGUCGAGCGCCUCCUGGAAGAGGAGAAAAUGAGUUCAGAUCUUCGAGUCGACCAGCAGAAACGGGAAGACCUCGAGCGCAAGAAAGCGCUACUCAAAGAAAAAGAGGAUCUCAUCGAUGAGCUUAUGUUCUCUGACCUGUCAGCUGCACAGAUCGUCGCGCUCCACGAUAAACAGAAACAAGAGCUAUUAGAGAAGGAAGAACAGGAGGCAAAGGAGAGAUCGCGACCAGCGACAGCUUUCUCAACCGGAAUCAAACUUGGUUCCAAGGGCUCAGAAUUCCUGCCAGUCAAGAAAGCUGCCGAAGCGCCACCUUACGAAUACAAACCGCUAAUAAUCGACAUCAUGGGACCUCCUGCACCUACCGUUGAGGAGCUUGAAGAUUUUGGUUAUCUCAAUCAUAUCCGAGGAGCAGAAGAGCAGGAGAAAGCCGGUGGAUUCGAAUCGAAAAUCGCUUGUGAGCGUGCUAUCCAGAGCGCUCUGUGCGGCCUGUAUUUUGGAAUCGAUGGGAAUUGAAAAUUUCGCCUAGGGAUGUUCCAUUGAUGCUCAUUGUAAAUAAAAGUCAUCAAUGCGCACGAAAU